CUAAAAUGACCAUCCCACCUGGCCGUUACGCUCUUCACCCCCAAAUUCAUUCGCGUCUCCAGCCAAAAAGCUUCAACUUAACGAUUUAUUUCUUAAAGGAUUUCACCAUUUUCAAUCGCUUCUAGAUCUGCUCUUAAGGUUAUGCUGUUGCAUUAGUAUUUUCUGAGUUUUGAUUGUUGAUCCCGUGAUAAUGGAAGAAGAGAAGAAGAAGAGGAAGAACAAAAAAAAGAAGAAUAAACAAACCAAGGGGAUAGAAAAUAAUGCCGUUGGUGCAGAAGAAUCAGCUUCCUCCAAUCAAAACCAUGCUGCUGAAAUACGUGGCUCUGAAUCACAUACUGAUGGUACUUCGGGAAUAGAUGAGGAUUUUAAUAGACAUGAUACUGAUGGUGCCAAAGUCGCCACCUUUGAAGAGAAGAUUAAACAAUUACAGCAAGACAAAGUGGUACAUAUGCAAAAGGAGGCUAUCUUCGAGGAGAAACUUAAACAAUUAGCACAGGAAAAAGAUGCCAGUUUACUGAAGGAGGCUAGCUUUGAGGAGAAAAUCAUGCAAUCGCAAAAAGAAAUUAGCAGUCUCAGGAGGCAAGAGGCUAACCAAGUAGAAAAGAUACGAGAAUUACAUAUGGAGAAGGAUGUUUACUUGCAGAAAGAGGCUGAGUUUGAGAUGAAGAAUUCCCAAUUACAAAGUGAAAAGGAUUCCUGGCUUCAAAAGGAGGCUGGCUUAGAGAAAAGAAAUAAUGAGUUGGUGGAUGAAGUGGAGAAAUUGAAUUCAAAGAGGGUAAUGAAUCCUGAAGUCAGUUUGGAGAAAAAAGUAAAAGAGAUGGAGAAGGAAACAGAAAACAGGGUCCAGAAGGAGGUUGGCUUGGAGGAAAGAAUCAGUCUUAUGGUGGGUGAAGUGGAAAAUUUGAAUUCAGUGAGGGUGAGCUUGGAGGAAAAAGUAAAAGAGAUGGAGAAGGAAAGAGAUAACUGGAUCCAAAAGGAGAAGUCAUUCAGAGAAAUAAUUUCCAGCCUGAGUGGUGAUAAUGCACUCUUAGAGGCGCAGGUGAAGGAGUUCGAAGAGCUGAGGACCAAUAUUGUACAAGAAAAUCAGUUACUGAAAGAAAAUGUACAAGUUCUGCAGACGCAAGUCUCUAACCUUGAGAAGAGUGCUGCACUUCCUUAUUCACCAACUGGGAGCAAAAUGAAUACUCCUGAAAAUGGGGAUCCGAAUUCUGAAGGAGUUGCUACCCAAGCAUUGGUGGACAAAUUGGUUGAUAAAAAUGCGGAGCUCGUGGAAAAGGUGAACAAGUUAUAUGUGGAGCUCGAACGAAGAGGUCCCCCAAUGGAGGUAUCUUCAUUUUUAGGCUCUGAUAUAAUUACCAGAAGCUCUGAGGCAGCUCGUGUUGCCAAUGAAUCAGCCCUUGGGUCACAUAAAAUGCCUGGAGCUGUUCAGGAGCAUGAAGUUGAUUAUGCUACAGAGCCAAAAUCUAAGCCCAGUAAAGCAGUAUUGCAGUCAGGUGAGACGCUGCAAUCUCCAAAAGACGCCAUCGACAAAGCUGCGAGCGAUCAUGAGCAUGUGACUAAGAUAGAUAGCAGAAUUGAUGUAAAUUCAUCAGAAAUCGAGUCUGAUGAAAUAGUGCAGAUACCUUUAGACGAGAAUGAAGUUCAGUCAGCAGAUUUGGAGGCCGCAAAUGUGGAUCACGGUGAGGAGGAGGUUCCCCUCUCUAAUGCACCGUUAAUUGGUGCUCCGUUCCGUUUGAUAUCCUUUUUUGCUAGAUACGUGAGUGGUGCUGAUUUGGUUAAUAAGAACACAACCUCAAACUGAUAACUUGCUAAUAGUCUGCAGCUGUAAGAAGUUAGAUUUUACACAGCAAAACGGAGAAGGAUAACCCCAAAGAUUAAACAUAGUCAUGUCUCAAGUUGAAUGAUAUGCUUAUUAUAGACAUAGGCAAGAUACUGCUCGCUUUUUUGUACCAAUUAUAUUUUCGUAGGGGUAUCAGUUGUUAAAGAUGAAAUUAUUAAUUUUGGCCUUUUCUUAAACAUACCUGAAAAUUUGAAGGAGACGUAAGAACAAAAUUUAUACUAGACAGAUGAGAGUUGCAGUUGGCUAAUUUAGCCAAAUAGAUUUUUAUUUCUUUAAA